AUGCCUACGAGCUUGCGUCCCUUGACCCUGCGUGCUAUUGAAGCUGCUCACCUAGUCCUCGAACACUUCACACAGACACAAGGUUAUCGAGAAGGAAUCGUCGGCAUGCCGCUAUACCUGCAUUCCAUGAUUGCGUUCGCGGCCGUGUUUUUGGUCAAGAUGUCUUACUGCUGGCACGUCAUUGGUAUAACCAUUGACCCUGCUCAGCGUACAAGACCACUCAUCCAGGCCCACAUCAAACUUCUUCGAGAUUGCAGAGCUGGCGCCAAUCAUAUGGUUUUCAGUAUGGCUAAUGGAUUCGAGCGGAUGCUGAAGCAAAUUCAUUUACCGGCACCAGCUAUCAUCCAGAAGCGCAUUUAUUCAUUUCUGACCCACAGGGACAUCCAGCUCAAGGAUAUUUGGUACAACAAACGCUAG